UCCCCGCGAGGCCGCGGAGGGCGCCGUGGGCCGGCCGCCGCUCUGAGCAGCGCGUCCCAGGCGGCGUGCGGGCGUGCGGGCGCGGGGCGACGGCGGCCCCGCAGCGACAUGUGACCAUGGACCGCAGGACCAGGGAAAAUCCAGAAAGAACUUUUGACUUGGUGUUGAAAGUGAAGUGUCAUGCCUCUGAAAAUGAAGGUCCUGCGAUACUGUGGAAAUUCCCAGAGGACUUUGGAGACCAGGAAGUACUGCAGAGCGUGCCCAAGUUUUGUUUUCCCUUUGACGUGGAAAGGGCAUCGCAGAAUCAAGUUGGACAGCACUUUACCUUCGUACUGACAGACAUUGAAAGUAAGCAGAGAUUUGGGUUCUGCAGACUCACAUCAGGAGGCAGAAUUUGUUUAUGUAUUCUUAGUUAUUUGCCGUGGUUUGAAGUAUACUAUAAGCUUCUCAACACUCUGGCAGAUUACUUGGCGAAGGAACUGGAAGAUGAUUUGAAUGAAACUCUCAAAUCACUCUAUAACCACCCAGUACCGAAGGCAAACACGCCUGUCAACUUGAGUGUGCACUCCUGUUUCAUUGCCCCUGACAUAACUGGACUCCCGACGAUCCCGGAGAGUAGAAACCUGACAGAGUACUUUGUUGCCGUGGACGUGAACAACAUGCUGCGGUUGUACGCCAGCAUGUUGCACGAGAGGCGCAUCAUUAUUACCUCGAGCAAAUUAAGCACUUUAACCGCCUGUCUCCACGGCUCGGCUGCUCUGCUCUACCCGAUGUACUGGCAGCACAUCUACAUCCCCGUGCUUCCUCCACACCUGCUGGACUACUGCUGUGCCCCAAUGCCAUACCUGAUUGGAAUACACUCCAGUCUCAUAGAGAAAGUGAAAAAUAAAUCAUUGGAAGAUGUUGUUGUGUUAAAUGUUGACACAAACACUUUAGAAUCACCAUUUAAUGACUUGAGCAACCUACCCAGUGAUGUGGUCUCGGCCUUGAAAAAUAAGCUGAAGAAGCAGUCCACGGCUACAGGAGAUGGAGUGGCUCGGGCCUUUCUGAGGGCACAGGCGGCUUUGUUCGGAUCCUAUAGGGAUGCUCUGAGAUACAAGCCCGGUGAGCCCAUCACCUUCUGUGAGGAGAGCUUUGUGAGGCACCGCUCCAGUGUGAUGAGACAGUUCCUGGAGACUGCAGCUAACCUUCAGCUGUUUAAACAGUUUAUUGAUGGUCGACUGGCAAAACUUAAUGCAGGAAGGGGUUUCUCUGAUAUAUUCGAAGAAGAGAUCACUUCGGGUGGCUUCUCUGGAGGGAGCCCGAGGUCGUAUCAACAGUGGGUGCAUACAGUCAAGAAAGGAGGUGCACUGUUCAAUACAGCAGUGACCAAAGCCACCCCUGCUGUACGGACUGCCUACAAAUUCGCAAAGAGUCACGCCAGACUGGGACUACGAGAGGUGAAGAGUAAGCUGAAACACAAGGACAAUGAGGAAGAUUAUGGGACCUGUUCUGGUUUGGUACAGUAUACACCAGUUUACACAUUACACAGUGAAAAGGGAGGAGACAGAGAGAAACAUAAGCUUUCCCAGGCACACUUGAGAAGGCCUCAUAAGAGCUUCGAUGGUACCCUGUUUGAUGAUGAUGAUGAUGACAUUGAACGAGCAAGCAAGGUGUCUUCUGAGGACGGCGAGGAAACAUCUGCUUAUUUCUAUGAGAGCGACGACUCCAUUGGAGCUCAAGUGAAGGCACCUUAUUCAGGUGAGAUGGACUUGCUAGGAGAGAUCUUGGACACGCUGAGCACGCACAGCUCCGAUCAAGGCAAGCUGGCAGCUGCAAAGAGCCUGGACUUCUUCAGAUCCAUGGAUGACAUCGAUUGCAAACCUACGAACAAGUCCAAUGCUCCCAGUGAGAAUGACCUGGCCCUACUGUGUGCUUCUGGUGAUCAAGGAGAGUGGAACCUCGGGCAGGACGACAGCGCCCUCCAUGGCAAGCACCUCCCUCCCUCCCCCAGGAAGAGAGUUUCCUCCAGUGGGUUCACAGAGUCUCUGUUUAUCCUGAAAGAGGAGAACAGUGAGAAACCCUGCUGUGCGGACAGUCUGUGUGACCCCGCUGUGGUGGAAAGGCCAGCUUCUACUCCAGGCUUGGGUUUCCAGCUAGCUUCCCCCGAGGCGUCUCAAAUGGGUGAAGGAGAAGCAGAGGUGAAGGAAACACUAAGUCAGGCCUCAGAGAGUCUGCUGCUGCCCAGCGUCGGGACCCGCCAGUCCACUUUCGUUCCCUGGGAGAAAGCGGGAAAAGAGCCUGAGGAGCCUUCAGAAGGCGGUGGACUGCUCCAAGAAGUAGUGUCAUUGUGCCACAUGUCAUGUGACUUCCAACAAGGUUUAAACAUUUCAGAAGGAAAUAGAAGUGAAGACCAAACUUAAGGUACCAGUAAAGGGUCAGUCAUUUGCCGCUUGCCUCUUGGCUUCUCCGGAGACAUGUGGAAUUAGUUCCCUGUGAUGCGUACAGUAAACAGAAUCACUCAUAGGAAUGAAAACUCUUACUACUGUUUAAUUGUUUUCCUUUGGAAUGUUUCCCCAUCUGUUCAUCUCAUGGAGCGUCAAAUGAGUUCUACUGUGCUGUUAAAUCAGGUACUAAUUUGUAUAUAGCCUGAAAGUGUGUUUUGGACAUAAGCUUUCCCAGUAUUUGGUGCUUAAUGCCAUUCAUUUUAUUUAAACUAAGUGUGCAUAUGUAAUCCAUACAUAGAACCAGUAGUUACUGUACUAAUUUGGUUGAGCAUGAACUGAUCAAGAUGUCAAAACCGAUAAAAAGGAUAUAGCCUGAAACUGUUAAAACUUUUAACCCACUAAUUGCCUUAAUCUUCCAGUUAUGUUAAACAUACAGAUCACGUGUGCAGAUCUUGAAAGAGCAGUUAUCUUGUCUUUCAGAGCAAUAAUGCCUUUUUCUAUCAUAGAAUUAAGCUCACCAUUUUUUUCAAGUUUAAAUGCUCUCCAGUGGAACUAACUUGCUUUUAUAAAGACACUGCAGCCAUGUUUUCCGAACAAUGUAAAUGUGUAUUUUACCUUCCACUCAGUGAAACCCAUGAAGUGCUAAGUUACAAUGUGAAGUUGAAGUCUCUGUUUACAGAGAAGCCCCUCAGACAGUGCCCAGUCUCUGUGUGCCGUGUUGACUGUGGUCCGCCUCAAGAAAGCCAGGUGCACUGCAGAGUCCAGAUAAGCCGUUGUCCCGGUUCUCACAUCUGCUUCCCCAUGAAGAUGCCCAUAGCCUUAUCUGUGUUGGCUUUUUUAAAUGAUUAACUUUAUAUUUAAAAUGUUGUAGAUUUAUAGAAAACUGCAGAGGUGGUACUAAGUUCCCAUCUACCCUGGACCCGGGCUCUGCUGUUGUUAGCAUCUUAGGUUAGUGUGCCACAUUGCCGCAGUGUUGGUGUUCUACAUGGUAGAGCUCUGGCUGUUCCCUGACGCCCCCUUUCUGUCCCAUACCCCCUCAGAGUUCGAGAUUACAUUAUCGUGUCUGCUGGGGCUCCUCUUCUUGCUGACGCUUCACUUUUUUUUGGUUUUGAUGACCUUGAAAAUGUGAGAAAUAUUGGUCAGAUGUAUUGCCCAGUGGCCAGCUCCUAGAAUGCGUCUGCUAUUUUUCUCAUUAUUACACUAGGAUUGUAGUUGGAAGGAGAGGCUCAGAGAAGUAAAGUGCCAUUUCCAUAGUGUCUUACAGAGUGUGUGCUGCAAGCCUGUUCCAUGCAGUGCUGACUUUGAACACCUGCUGGGUUUCUGCACUGUAACACCCCCCGCACACCUUCUGCUCUGUUGUAGGCAGGCAGGAGGGGAGGGAGGGCGGGCACAAAGGAAUUAUUUAGGGCAGAAGAGUUGCCUUCCUCACGGUUACUGCUUACCUUUGGAGCACAUCUGAAAACAUACACAGAUCUCUCACACCAGACUGAUGAUGUGGGGUAGCUUGUUUGUACCCUCCCUGCCUGUGUUCUGUACAUCCCCAAACACGAUGGUUGCUUUUCAAAAUUUGUCUGUUUUUAGAUUUAAAAAAAAAAAAAAAAACCGUUGCAAAACCACUUAACCUCAACAAGGCCAUACUCUAAAGUAUUUACUUAAAGAAUAUAAUUUCAACUAAAAUUUUAGGAGAUUUGUUUAACAUUGUGCAUAUUUAUACAGGUCAUCUAAAAAAAAAGGAACUGUAUUCCAAAAUAUAUGUGGAUAGUUUUCCUUGUGGUAAUUGUUCACUCAUCUGUGGCGAGAUGAGCUUGUCCUUAUGAGAUAGGCUCUGCAUAGAGAGUGUGUGUACUCCUCAGUUUACACGGUCAUGCGGCUCAAGGUUGUCAGAUUUUGGCUGUGUAUGUCCUUCAUUAAUCCCGGUUUACGGAAAUAAACAAGAGAGGCACCCACAUUGUCACAAGGGCUGUUUUUAGUAAGAAGAGGAGGAGUUAGAGCGGUGAUUUUACUCCUGGGCAAGCAUUCCUACAUAAUCCCUGAACAGAAUGCACAGCCUUUAACAUGAAUUGUGAAUGAGGUCUCUUUUUCUGCUUCAGAAUGCGUUGUCUAAAGGAUGACAGAGAACACUGGCUUCCGGUCCAUGUCCUUGAUAAACCCAUGGCCACAGAUUCCCGAUUCUCUGCUUUGAGUCAGCCCGUGAGAUGGUCCGCUAUAACACUAGGCUAUUUGAAAACAUUUAGACACUCGCAAAUAGCGACUUAAGACCCUUUAAAGCGAUCUGUGCCUUACUGUAGCAAUCAAAGCAGUGACUCAUGUCAAAAAGAAGAAACAAAAUCGUACACAUUGUUCUUUAAAAGUCCACAUGUUGGUGCUUCACACCAUUAGAACCUCAAGGGUUUGAUGUCAGCUUUUAACCACAGCUCCCCAGUGUUCUUCAUGGUGGGCGCAUUAACAAGUAAGGGGCAAUAGACUGAGUUCUGAGAAAAGCAAAAGUAGUGUUUUCUGCUGGGCAAUGUUGGCGCACGCCUUUAAUCCUGUCACUUGGGAGGCCGAGGCAGGUGAAUCUCUGAGUUUGGGGCCAGCCUUGUCUACAGAGUGAGUUCCAGAACAGGCUCCAAAUCUACACAGAGAAACUCUGUCUCAAAAAACUACCCCCCCCAAAAAAAAGAAAAAAAAAAGCAGUAUAUUUUGCUUUACCCAAAGCAAACCAAGUAUUUUAAGUUCCCUGCUAUUCAAAGUCAACCUUUCUGCCUGCGCUCUCAUUUUAAAUGCUGAGCACCAACCAACUGGAGCUCCCCAAUAGACUUUUCAAGGCUGCUUUUCGUUUCCAAGAGACUUGGAUAACUCACUGCACCGGCUUCAGCGUCUUGUGUUUUAUGUGCCUCUAAACCAAGCCACAAGUUGUCCUUAGUGUUACUUAGGCUUUGUGCCCACAGUAGUUCAGGGGGCUAAAGGUAGAAGGAGAAACUUAGGAGCUGCAGCUGGUUAAAGUGCAGAUGCUCUGAAUGGCAUACAUUGGUGAUUACCUAAUUUAGCUUAUCUUACACAGAUUGUGGCAUGAUUAUUUUUCAGAUUCAAAAUUAAUAGCUCCUUCAUUGAGAAAAUAUUUACUGACUUUUUGUGCCAGUCAGGAGGAAGGUAUACUGUCUAAGGAUAUCAGGGUAUGGGAAGAAACAAUUACCCUGGGCAAUCAAUGAAAAGGGAAAGGAACUGCAGAUGUUAAAAUAAUAAUAAUAGUGACUUUAAUAAUAAUAAUAAUAGACUAGAGUGAGGUGUACUUCCUUAGAUGGUCCUAGCUCAAGGGCUGACGCCCAGGACGCCUUCAGGAACAGCUGCUCUAUUUAAAGUGUGCUCUAAGUACAGAGUCAAUAACUUUUCUGGUAGCUGCAUGAGUUACUGGAACGCUGCUAAGAUCCCACUUUUAAAGGACAGAUUUGGAGACACUGCAAGGCCAUCCACAUGACAUGGUGUCCCUUUGCAGGGUGGGUGGUCACUGCCCCAGUUCAGCAAUAACUUAGGAUAUGUAUAGACUGGGACCCAGUCAUGUUGAUGGGAGUCCAGUUUUUACAUUAAAAAGAGAAACCUUGGUAACAGCAUUUUCUAGAAACAGCCCUGUUCAUUUUAGUGAAGCCAUAAGUGACAGUGUGGUUGGGAUCCUAUGCUGCUGUCUAAUGGUGUGACCCAGGAAUACCCACCAAGUGGUUGGUAAGCAAAGGGAAGACCCGGUCAGCCGCAGAUGGCUGUGAGCUUGCUUGGAAUCAACAGCCAUUCAACCCCCCUCAGAGUUCCAGGACAGGUUCAUUGCUUUCGUGAGUAAAUUUUCUCAUGAGAACUCCACUCUUUGGUGUCAGCAAUUCUUGAAUCUGAGACAAUAUUUGAAAAUCAGGCAUGUAAAAUGAACCCCUAAAUGUAGCCACUCCCCAAGCAUGUAGGUAGUCGUUUUUAGAAACCCAGUUCCCCGUGAGCAUCUUUCCCAGGUCCAGCCCAGAGUCCCGUCACUGUCUGUUUCUUAAAGCUUCAAGGACUAGAAAGGCUUUUCUGCAGCCAGUUGGUGUUAUGAUUUAAUUAAGAAAUAGGGAAUUGUGUAUAGUGAGGCAGAAACAUUUUAUUUUGAAAUAUAGGAUUUUGUGCAAUAUUUUUCUUGCAUAAUUUAGUUCAUAUAAAUAUGCACACCUGCUUUCCUGGCAGGUGCCUUAAGGUCAAAUCUUUCAGUAUUUGCCUAAAACUGUAUGUAGCAAUGUUCCGUGUGAUUUCAGAAAAAAAUUACUUUUUCUAUUGUUAGCUGAAGUGUUUUUGUUUAUUUGAAAUAAUUGUGGGGAUUGUAUUGUUGUGUCAUAACUAACUUCCUCAGCCACAAUAAACAUGCAAUAAGGAAAUCAUGUACCUUUGAUUAGUAUUGACAGUAAUGUUAAUUUAACAGAACUGUUGUGGUACAAAGUGCUGAUUCUCUGGGUACACAUUUAACUCCGCUUUGCACCUCAUGAAUCUAAACGGUAUAUUUAUGUGAUAACCACGUAUGUAGAUUCUGAUAUCCUUCGUGAUGAGUCUUUGUUGAGGCUUAUAAAGGGCAUUGCCAAUACUUUUUGACUGUAAAUUAAUUUUUUUGUAUGAUGUACAGUUUGUUUAGCCUGAGAGCUUCUAUAGAUUUCUACUUUUAUUAUACUUGAAUGAGGCAGAAAGCACUGUGGGAAAUUUGUAACUCUGGAUGCAAUAUGCAGAUAUACCAAAAAUAAAGCAAGGUACCGAACAGCAACACUGACGGAAUGCUUUAGAAUCCCGGAGUCAGUGAUUCUCGAGAUGCAUUGUAUUUAAUGAAGUAAUUGAAGAUGUGCACUCUUCUAUCCACACGGUAUAGUCACAGAUGAUUACCUCUCUGAUGUGUCAAAGCUGUUAAGUCCUUUAUAACUUCUCUUUCAGUCCUUAGAUGAGGAUCAUCCAUGAUCCCACCUCUGAGUACAUGAUGUUUAAGACAGAACAAAUCAACUACAUUGUGCGUAUUGGAUGCAUUGCCUGUGGUAAAUCACUAUGUUUUAGAGAGAGUAGCUUCCAUAGAUAAUUUUGAGAACUCUUUAAUAAUCAUAUACCAAAAAUUAAAAGCUUAAAAUCAGUUAUAACUUAACUGUGCCUAAAACAACAAAUACAUGAAACCUUUGGACGUGAAGGCCGCACACAUGGAGGAUUCCGAAUUGAGUGUUUCCAAAGUUUGUGUUUAAUGCUUUAGCUGAAGAGUUGUUGGCUCAACAUGUAACCAAUAUGGAAAAACAAAACACUGAGCAUUGAGGUAUACUUCAUUGCUCUUUUGUCCUUGAGGCUACAGGAGAUCAUCUCUAAACUUGACUAUUAUUGGGAAGAUGUUCUGUAUAAAAGUAUUGCUUUGGGAAUUUUUUUAAAUAUGCAAAAUUAAAUGUCGAAUGAACUCUGCAUUGCCAUAAAGUACCCAACAAUGUAGCUGAAAAUAAAAUUGGUCACA